AUGGACCCUCUGGAGGUUCCUCCUCUCACUCCCACCAGUAAGGAGGUCCUCAGUCAGGCACUGAAGGCCAGCUUCUCUGGAUUUUCUCAGGAGAGGAUCACCCAUCACUUCCCUCCUGGUGUGGAUCCACAAACAUAUGAUGCUUAUUUUAAAAAUUAUACAUUUCUAACCCUUUAUUCAUGUCCCCAGACCCCACCCUGUGGUCAGACUGGGAGGUGAACUACUGGUUGGACUGGUGUCAGGCUGAGUUUGGGCUCGCCUGUCUGGGUUCAGACCUGCGGGGUCUGCAGGGGACGGAGCUCUGCGCUCUGGACAGAGAGGCCUUCCUGAACCUGAUAUCGGACUGCACGGCUGGAGAGAUCCUGUGGGAGCACCUGGAGGAUAUGAGGAGAGGUGGGAGGAAAAAUCAUCAUCAGUUACAAUACUGAAUUUACUCACAUUCUAUUUCUAUGACAGAGUAACGUGGCUUCAUUAACGAGUAAAAACUUGAGUUUUCCUGAAUGAAGUUGUAAACUUACACAUAAAAAUAAAUCAUGAAGCUGAGCAAGAGGUUCUGACUCAACUUGACUACUUCCAGGGUGCGUGGAGACAUUACAAAGGUCUCGAACUCUAGAAGCACUCAAAGUUGCAGUUUCCUGAAUGUCCAAUAGAGGCUGCUAGAAUUUCAGUUUCCCUUGGGGGAAUCCUCCCAAAGGAUCACUUUAGUUCUAAUCUAAUCUCAUCCAAAAUCGUAUCUAAUCUAAUCUAAUCUAAAAUAUAAUCUAAUCUAGAAUAUAAUCUCACCUAAUCUCGAAUAUAAUAUAAUCUAAAAUAUAAUCUUGUAUUGAGCUCUAUGGAGAUUGACUCACCUUUAAAGACAACCUUCUGUGGACAAUUGAGGUACUGCAGUUUUUUGCACUUGUGUAUUAGCUUAAUUCUUCAGCUCCAAAGGUUGCUAUUUGGUAAACUUCUAUUUUUAUCUGUUUGGUAUAUAUGUCAAAUCCAAAGUAGUCAAUCUAUCUUCCACUUUUAUUUAAGGUGUGACUGCUAUAUGUUCAAUAUCCAGUAUUUGUAGAUUUGGAGCACAUGUAGGAACUUACCUAUGGGAUAUGUUUUCUUCAUUAUGGGUUUUCUUUUUGUUUAUCUAUUUUAUUUUAUUUUGCCUUUUUACUCUUAUUGUGUUACAAAAAAAAAAUGCUCAAUAUAAAAUCUAACACAAAAAAUUUGAUUUACCUCUCCAGAGAUUGGAUACAACUGCAGCUCUUCACUGUCUUCAUGCACAACACCGUCAUACUGUGAGCUGCAGAAUAACAAAGGUACACAUCUCCUGUGUGGCUGAUUUCAAAGUUAAAAUUAUCAAAAUCAGGAAUUAAUUGCUGAUGUUGUCUGAUUCCUGAUCUGCACAUCCUCAGAACAUUUCCCAGACUUUGUGGAGGAUCCUGCAGACAAACACAGGUAUCAGGCUCAGUAUCUUCAGGCUGAGAGGAUGGAGCUACACACUAUGGACUCUGUCCAACAUCAGGAUUAUUAUCUGAUCAAAGGGGAAGACCCAAACAGGAGCAUCAACCCCACUCUGCUGCUGGACACGGGCAGAAACACAGGUCAGGAAAAAACAAAAGUUUACUUGUGCAAAGGAGACAUUAUGAAGUUUUUUUCCUGAGAUAAAGCUGUGAUUAAAUACAGUGCAAUGAGGAAUUGACAUAAUGAAAGUGCGCAGAUUUUUAUCUUGUUUCUUUAUUUCCAAAAGUCACAACUUCUUGCAACAAGUUUAUUUAAUGAGGAGCUCCUUAAGGGACAGGAUGCUCCAUCUGAAGUGUGUGACGGAGAGGUAUCACAGGUCAUUCCUUCCUUCAGCUGACAGACUCCACAACAGAAACCUCAGUGUGCAAUAAAUCAUAUCUCUAUGUAUAUGCUGUGCACAUGCAUUUAGUAAAUAAGACUCAUGUAUAUAUCUUUUUUUAGUUUCUCUCUUUUAAUUUCUCUUCUGUGUUUGUAUUUAUGCUGCUGUAAUUUUGGAAUUUCCCCACGUGGGAUUCAUAAAGGAAUAUCUUAUUAUUUUUGUGCACAAAUUAUUUAUAGGAACAAGUUAUCAACUCUGAGUGUGGUAUAGAAGUCCCUGAGCUCCAUCAUCCUCAGGAAUGUGCAGAUGUUGUACUGAUGUGGACCUGCAUCAGUCUCUCCUCUAUCCAUCCCUCUCUUUCUCCAUCUCCCUCCCUAAACUCACCUCAGUCUCAGUAGACUGUCCAACAUCAGUCUGGUUCUGCUCGAGGUUUCUGCCUGUUCAAGGAAGUUCUUCCUCUCUAUUGUCUGUAUUGUGGUUGAAGUGUGGGAGUAGGUCUGAGCUUACACUCACAAUACUUGUUUUGACUUGUGGCUAUAACGAUGGAAUGAUUGACAGACAACAAAAAAAUCUACUUAGUGAUUGCCCAAAUGCAUUUGUCCUCAAAUACAUGAAACUCUGAAAGAACGGCUCUUAUAGGCUGUAACCCUCUAAUAAUCCAAGAUGGCAGCAGAUGCUGUUUAUUCAUCCAUCUCUCUCAUUGUCUUUGUCAUUUUUUGACUCUUAGAGACAGACUCAGAGGUGGAGAUCUCUCACAGUGAUGACUCGGACAUCGCGGGCUCUCUGUCAUGGACUACUUCGCUGCAGGAAGUAGAUCCUGGAAUGGAGGAAAGCGUAUCUGGAGACGUCUUCAUUUUACCACAGACGCACCGCAGCUUCAAAGAAUACAUCGGAAAUAAGACCGAUAUGGGCCGAGCCGUGAUACCAGCAGCCAUACUGGCUGGGUACACUGGUGAGUACUGGGUAUACUGGUUUUAAUGUCCUGUGUAAGUUUUGCAGCAGUUUUUUACCGUAACAUCUUCUCUACAUCGCAACAGGAAGCGGUCCCAUCCAGCUGUGGCAGUUCCUCCUGGAGCUCCUCACAGACCGGAGCUGUCAGUCCUGCAUCAGCUGGACUGGGGACGGAUGGGAGUUCAAGCUGACGGACCCUGAUGAGGUACUGAACACACCAGGAGUGUAAAGCAGAGCAAAGAAAGUUAAACCGCAGUCUUUUUUUUUUUUACUCUUUGUUGUAAGGGUAAGGUCUUUUUCUUUUGACCCCACUGACCUCUUUGUCUCCAGGUGGCGCUGCUGUGGGGCCGCAGGAAGAACAAACCUAAGAUGAACUACGAGAAGCUGAGUCGAGGUCUGAGAUAUUACUACGACAAAAACAUCAUCCAAAAAACAGCUGGCAAGCGCUACGUCUACCGCUUCGUCUGCAACCUGCAAGGCCUCCUGGGAUAUGAGCCUGGGGAGCUACAUGCCAUGCUGGCCCCGAAUAAUAAGAGUCAGUGA